GAGAUAUUUAUGGAAAGUAACCGACGCACCCCACACACCACACCCACUACCUCUUCUUCUAUAUAUACAAAAACCCUAAUUCACAAAACCUACACCAUUUUCAAAUCCAUUUGAGCGGCGUCUUUAUAAACGCCAUUCAAAACAUCUCUCCUCUUCAAACCCUAGAUCUAUCUUAUCCACAUCCACAACCAUGAGGGAAUGCAUUUCUGUUCACAUCGGUCAGGCCGGUAUUCAGGUCGGCAAUGCCUGUUGGGAACUCUACUGUCUCGAGCACGGUAUUCAGCCUGAUGGUCAGAUGCCAAGUGACAAAACUGUUGGAGGCGGUGACGAUGCCUUCAACACUUUCUUCAGUGAAACCGGUGCUGGGAAACAUGUUCCACGUGCCGUCUUUGUUGAUCUUGAACCCACUGUUAUCGAUGAAGUGAGGACCGGAACGUACCGUCAGCUUUUUCACCCUGAGCAACUCAUCAGCGGGAAAGAAGAUGCCGCGAACAACUUUGCCCGUGGCCACUAUACCAUUGGAAAAGAGAUUGUUGACUUGUGCCUUGACCGUAUCCGCAAGCUUGCUGACAACUGCACCGGUCUCCAGGGCUUCUUAGUGUUCAAUGCUGUCGGUGGAGGAACUGGUUCUGGUCUCGGUUCUCUUCUGUUGGAGCGUCUGUCGGUUGACUAUGGGAAAAAGUCAAAGCUUGGGUUCACCGUGUAUCCUUCACCCCAAGUCUCAACUUCAGUCGUUGAGCCGUACAACAGUGUGCUUUCCACCCACUCUCUGUUAGAGCAUACCGAUGUAUCCGUCCUACUCGACAACGAGGCUAUCUACGAUAUUUGCAAGCGGUCACUUGAUAUCGAGCGUCCCACCUACACCAAUCUUAACCGUUUGAUUUCUCAGGUGAUUUCUUCAUUGACCACGUCUUUGAGGUUUGACGGAGCGUUGAACGUGGACGUUACCGAGUUCCAAACAAAUCUCGUACCGUACCCGCGUAUCCACUUCAUGCUUUCGUCUUACGCUCCGGUUAUCUCCGCUGAGAAGGCGUACCACGAGCAGCUUUCGGUUGCUGAGAUCACCAACACCGCGUUCGAACCAUCGUCUAUGAUGGCUAAGUGCGAUCCCCGUCACGGCAAGUACAUGGCUUGCUGUUUGAUGUACCGAGGAGACGUUGCACCCAAGGACGUGAACGCAGCUGUCGGAACCAUCAAGACCAAGCGUACUAUCCAGUUCGUUGACUGGUGCCCGACUGGGUUCAAGUGUGGUAUUAACUACCAGGCACCAACGGUGGUACCCGGAGGCGAUCUCGCUAAGGUACAAAGGGCAGUGUGCAUGAUUUCCAACUCUACAAGUGUUGCUGAGGUGUUCUCGAGGAUUGACCAUAAGUUUGACCUUAUGUAUGCUAAGAGGGCGUUUGUGCACUGGUAUGUCGGUGAGGGGAUGGAAGAAGGUGAGUUUUCGGAAGCUCGUGAGGAUUUGGCUGCGUUGGAGAAGGAUUAUGAAGAAGUUGGUCUUGAGUCAGGUGAGGGUGACGAUGAAGAGGAUGACGGAGAAUACUAGGCGGUAUUAUAUGACGAUGUUACUGUGUUGGUUUCGGCUAUCUUCUUUGUGUUGUUGCAAACAUUGGAAUGCUCUUUUUGAGUUGUUUCUGUUCUAUGUGUUUUCCAGUUUAGUAUGAAUCUUGGUUCUAUUAGUACCACUUGGAAGAAGUGUUACAAACAUUGUGUUUUAUUUUGAGCUUGGUUGGUAGGUUCUUUAAACUUGUUAAAGUUUGA